AUGUCUGUGGACUCGCACGAGACUGACUGGAUCGUCCAAGUCAACGAGAGCCUCAAGCCCUUGCCCUCCCGCGAGCAGCAGCUGUGGGAGAAGCGGUCCAUCUAUAGGAUCCCCACCCACGUCGCCAACCUCAACCCCAAGGCCUAUCUGCCUCAGGUUGUCUCCUUCGGCCCGUACCACCACGGCGAUGACCACCUCCUCCCCAUGGAGGAACACAAGCGCCGUGCGCUUUCCCGCUUCCUUGAGCGCACCGGGAAGCCCCUCGAGCCCUUCCUCAAGUCCCUGAGGGAGGUGGCGCGGGACCUCGAGGAGAGCUACGAUGCGCUGGAUCCCAAGUGGAAGGUGGGCGGCAGCCAGGGCUCGGCAGGCCCGUUCCUGGACCUGAUGAUCAUUGACGGCUGCUUCUUGCUCGAGAUCCUAAUGUUCGCAACCGGCCGGGAGAAGGGCUACGCGCACAACGACCCCAUCUUCAGCAAUUACGGAAUGGUCUACAUAAUGCAGCACAUUAGGCGGGACAUGCUAAUGCUGGAGAAUCAACUGCCGAUGCUAGUACUGUAUCGGCUGUACGCCGUCGAGUGCGAUGGGAAGCAGGGAAUCGAAUUCAUCAACGGUCUCGUAUUCGAAUUCUUCCUCAUCUUCGAAUUCUUCGGCUCCUACAACUUUUUCGUCCAUGGCUUGGACGAACGCCUGCACGUCCUGGAGGUCUAUAGGAAGAGCCUGCAGCUCCAUGAGGAUAGGUCCAAGGAGCCCCAGCUCGAGGAGAUGUGGCAAUGGAGCAGCAAGGUGAUAAUCCCGUCGGCAACCGAGCUCAAAUAUGCCGGGAUCCGGUUCGAGACGAGCUACACCAACAACCUGAGGGACAUCUCCUUUGCCAGCGGGACCCUGAGGCUCCCCAUGAUCGUGGUGGAUGCCACCUCUGAGUCCGUGCUCCUCAAUCUCAUCGCGUUCGAGCGCUUCCACAUCGGGGCCGGGUAUGAGGUCACGUCCUACAUCUCCUUGAUGGCUCAAAUCAUCACCGACAAGCGGGACGUCGAGCUACUCCGCACCCAGGGUAUCAUCCAACAUGCCAUCGGGAGCGACGAGGCGGUCGCCGAGCUGUUCCACUCGCUGUCCAAGGACGUGGCACUCGACCCUGGGAGCAGCCUCAAAGCCGUGAAGGGGCCUCUCGACGAAUACUGCAAGAAGCGCUGGAUCAUGUGGAAGGCUAAUAUCGUCCGCACCUACUUCAGUAAUCCUUGGUCUAUAUUGUCUCUUAUCGCCGCGGUCUUCGCGUUGGCGCUCACCAUAAUUCAGACAGUGUACUCCGCGCUCAGCUACAACCCGAACCCUCACUUCGCCUCUGGAAAAUAA